AUGUGCGAACUUUUUUUAUUAUUUAAACAUCAAAAAAUUGACGUUUUUAAAAUCCCUCCUAGACCUUUUGAAGGACAUAGAGCAGAAUAUUGGAAAGAAAAAAUAUGGGAAGGUUUCAUUGUUCUGUAUAUAAAAAAUAAUGAAAUUCUUUUAAAAUUAGUUGAUGAAAAUGAAAUAUUAUUUGCUCAAUGCAUUGUCCCAUAUAAUUAUGAAGUUGUUGUAGAAAAAGCUAUAGAUAGCUCAAGAUAUUUUUCCAUUAGAGUUGAAAAUACUAAUGAUAAAAAUGAAAUCAUGUAUUCUUUUAUAGGAAUAUACUUUGAGGAGAGAACAGUGGCAUUUAAUUUCAUUUGUACAAUUAAUGAUUUUUAUAGGUUUAAAAUUUUUAAUAGGAAAUCCAAUUCAUUUGAACAAAAAAAAUUACAUAAAUUAAAUGAAGGAGAGAAAAUAACAUUAAAAAUAAAAGGAUUAAACGUUAAAGAGAGAACAAAAAAAAAUGAAAAGAAUCUUGAUCUAGAAUCUCCAAAAUAA